UUGCCCGACGACAGAAUGUGCCCACCGGUAUGCCUCGCUGAUCCAAGCCGACGCAGGGACUUUAUUUUGUUACCGUAGGAGGUACAAGUUCAAGACUUCACUCGAUCCCCUAACAUCUCCCAGGUGCCAAACCGCCACAACUAUAUCCUGUGGUUGAAGGACAUGAUGGACACGACAUCGUACGAGCCACCCGGCCGGAAACUGUGCGGGCUUGAUAUCGGCACGGGCGCAAGCUGCAUCUACCCUCUUUUGGGAACUGCUCAGCGCCCGUGGUGUUUCGUCGCAACUGACAUAGACGAGAAGAGCCUAGAAUACGCAAAGACAAACAUCGAACUCAACCACAUGGAAGCCCUAAUCCGGCUCUUGAAGCGGAAACCGGACGACCCCCUGAUACCCCUUGACGCAGAGGGUAUCCACUCAAUCGAUUUCGUCAUGAUGAAUCCGCCCUUUUACGCCUCGGAGGAGGAUAUGCUAUCAUCCGCCAAAAAAAAGGCGCGGCCGCCCAUGUCGGCUUGCACGGGCGCGCCCGUGGAGAUGGUGUGUGAAGGCGGCGAGGUGGCUCACGUCGGCCGGCUGCUGCGCGAGUCCCUGGUGCUUCGGGACCGGAUCCAGUGGUACACCUCAAUGCUGGGGAAGGUCACCAGCCUUGAUGCCCUCGUUGAGAAACUGCAUGAACAUGGCAUCGACAACUACGCUGUAACCGAGUUUGUGCAAGGGAACAAGACGCGGCGGUGGGCGGUGGGUUGGAGCUUUGGGUCUAUGCGGCCGGCCGAUCAUGUGGCCCGCGGCAUGAAGGCGAGCUUUUGGAAGAAGCUUCUCCCUCCGGCUGUUUCCACAGAGCUGCUGGUUUUACCUGCUACUGAACCAGUUGACCCGGUAGUCAGCCGGAUCAAGGAGGUUGUCGGAGCGUUGGAGUUGAUGUCCUGGACGUGGGAGCCGGACGCGGCGAGGGGAUUGGGAAGGACGAGAGAGAACGUAUGGAGCAGGGCUUGGAGAAGGAAAAGGAGUCGAGCGCACCCAGGUGAAAAACAGAACGAAGCCGGCGCUAGAACUGCGGCGUCGGAAUCUGAGGCAUGCCGACUUGGAUUCGAGAUCACAAUCGUGGUCCGUACAUCGGAGACUCGCGUGAGCCUGCACUGGCGCGAGGGUCAUGAUGCACACAUUUUUGAGAGCCUGGGAGGGUUCCUCCAAGGAAAGCUUAAGGAUUUCAGACGAAAUCUCUGAAACCGUAGCUGGGCCCAUUGCAACCUGCUUGGUGUUUGCCAUGGUGAUUUUGUUCCUCAGUUUCAGGGGUAUUAACAAUGACGUAUCGUUACGGUGUACUGCCCAGGUAAUCCGUACAUAGAUAAUCUUACCCGCUAUUCGUCCCAAAAUU